AUGGGCAGCGCGGAAAACGUAACAUGGCUUCAGAAGCUCUCUGAGCAGUUAAACGUGGACGUGGACUGGAUGGACCCGGCCUAUACUCUAAGCAUGCCAAUCGUCCCCCAUGACAUGACCAGUAACCAGGGCUGGGUGCACGAACAAAUGUGCAAUCCAGUCAACGAAGAGCUGUUUAAGAGCGUCGUCAAGGAGUACAAGGAUCAGGGAUGGCUCGCAAUCUAUACGCACAUGGCGUGCUUGAUGUCCAAGGCCAACCUCGACAACAUCCAGGGCCGCUGUCUUCUACAGACACUUCCGUCCAACGCCUAUGACACCGAGAAGACUCUAGAGCAUGCGCGGGCUUAUGCUCGCGAGUUCGAGAAACUGGGUGUCUCGAAAGAUCGAUUCUGCAUCAAAAUUCCAAGUACUGGCCCCGCGUUAAACGCUUGCCCCAUCCUAAAGGAAGAAGGCAUCCGCACGCUCGGCACGGCACUUUUCAGCGUCCACCAGGCCAUCGCGGCAAGCCAGGCUGGUUGCUUGUACAUCAGUCCGUACUAUAACGAGGUUCGUGCUCACGACGAGCGAGAGUUGUGGCCCCAGUCUGAAGAUCCGGCACUAUUGCAUCCCAUGUCGCCUCGUCUGGUCCAGAUCCUGGAGACGUACAAGCGUCUCUAUAGGGAGACAGGCCAGGAGCAGCCUUUCCUGAAGAAUGCCAGUUUCAUCUCGCCGCAAGAGGCAAUGGCAGCCGGCGAGCUAGGCUGUCACUCAGCGACGAUCUCACACCAAGUCCUCACUGAGCUGGCGAAUCUUCCAUACGACGCCUCCAAGCAGCCGGGUCUUGGUGUCAACAAGCCAGCUCACCCGUACAAGAGCGCGGCACCAACUCCGGAGCGUCUGAAGAAGCUUGCCCAGAUCGACCCGCUGAUCGGACCCAACUGGGACGGAAGACUGUCGAGAACGGACAUCGACUACCUGGCAAAUGGAGGUGCUGAGCUUGAUAAGGCAAAUGAGGCGGACCCAGAGACCAAGAGGCGGCUUCGUGAGGCUCUCACACUGUUCAUUGGAGCGGAAAAGAGAAGUCAGGCGAAGAUCGAGGAGGCCAUGAAAGCUGUCUGA